AUGGCGAGCAGAUAUGUUUCUGCACGGAGACUUAUUAUGGCCAAGUCGAACCACUACCACAAUUAAUUACAACCUUUUGUUGUUACCUACAGUAUUACACGUGUUUAAUUGCAGAUAUGUAUUUCUUUUCUUCAAUUGGUUUGGCGCGUUUCCCGUCGUAUACGAUCAAGAGACAAAAAUAUUUGCCAUUUGCCGACGAGGUUUGUUGGUUACUUUUGUACAAGUCGUGUUCGUCGGACUAGAAAUACACAAGCAUCUGAUCAUGUUAUUUUUCGGCGCCAUCAAAAAGACUACCGCUGUGUCUGCCAUAGUGUUGGCCACCAACGGGUUCGGACUGUUGAUCGUUUUAUUGCGAAGGAUUGCGUUUGUGAGAGAUACGGUCGCAUGCUACAACAGCCUGCAGUCCGAAUGGCCGGCUAAUAUUUCCGUACGAAAAUCGUCAAAGUUGAUUUUAUAUGCCAGUGCCGCGAUGGUGUUUAUCGAUUUCGUCGGAGAUAACAUUGAAAGGUAGGUACCUACGUUUGGCAAGUGUAAUAGUACAAUACGCGUGUAAUGGUAGGCAGGUACCGAUGCCACGUAUUUUUCAGGGGUGAGACGAUAACUGAAAUCGGGUUUCGAAACACGUGUCUUAAGACUGAUACAUGGAUAUAUUAUUAUAAGAACACAAAACCUGUGUACGAAGUUAUAUUACAGGUAUUACGGGAGAAUGAAUCAAUACUUAAUCCGCACAAGUUGUGCGUGCGUUACAUACGCGUUAAUAAAAUCAAUUUUUUUGGGGUUUUAAUAUUUUUCGAGGGGGUUGAUUGACGAGAGGGGAGAAGAGGGAUUCCUCCCUGGACGUGGAAUUUAACUUCGCUGCUGUUGCAAAAAAAAAAAAAAGGCCAUUGUGCUAAUAUUUUUUCAAUGGUUAUUUUUAAAUGAUCUAUUGCAUAUUUGCAUGUAUUUUAUAAUCCUAUACCUACGUGCUAUUUUACUUCGGAGUGUGACCUUAGUAAAUAGUACGGUGAUGUUCCUCGUAAAUUAUAUAAACCCACCGGGUCCAGAUUUUUCUACCACAGCCCUGGAUAUGUAUCUCCCUCUUGCCCCUCUUGCCCCUCUUGAUCCUCUUGGUAGGUAUAAUGAGUAUUAAGUUGGUACCUAAAUAAAACAUCAGUGUUGUAUUUUUUUUUUUUCAAAUAAUCGUGUUUCCGUAAAACAAAAUAUUAGAUCUCUCUGAAGUAACCAUUAUACCCUUCUCUUAUGUUUGUGAAAUGAAAUUCAAUCAGUGUACCUUUAAGAACGGGUAUUACCUAUAAACCAGGACAAGCAAAACAAUUUCAAAAUCAGUGGACAGACAUUAAUGUUUCUAAUGUGAUGAUGCGAAUUUUAAAGAUUUACGAUGUUUGGCAAAACUUACAAGCAGGCGCGAAUCCAUUUUUUAGGGGCCCAUGAAUUUAACCCCGACAAUUAUAUAAAAGGUAACACAGUACCUAUAAUUUAAAUGGAAUAAUUUGGAAUAGUCAUAUGGAACAAUUGAAUCUUUUCGACUUACUUACCACGUAAAAAUUCAUUUAGGAAUUUCGUUACCUUUACCGUAUAAAGGCAGGUAUUAACUAUGUAUUCACAUUUUUUUCGUUCGAUUGAUAACUGAGUGAAGACAAGGUUAAUCAGAUAAGCGUUUUCCGGUCGUGGUUUAUCUGUUUUGUGUUUACGUUUUCCGCAUCGUCGUUAAACUCCUUUGAGCUUUAUAUUUAUGUAUAUUUUAACAGACGAUCUCCUUUUGGAGCUCAUAAUAUUAUUAACAUUGAUGCAUUAUUGAAACACGUUGAUUUUUAGGUACAUCAUAUAUGCAUUGCAACAAUAUUAUUAUCAGUACUAUGGUCAAUCUAUCGAGACGUCCGGUAACCCAAGCAGAUAGCGGACACGCCGAUAAGGUACGUUUUCCCUUGCGCGAUCGCGAACUGCUUCCCGAGCAAGUCAAAUCGCGUUCGCGCCGCGAUCGACUAGUCGUUUUGAAAAUAAUGAGUAAUACGCAAUUGUAAACUGAAAAUUAAAUUAAAAUCUAGUCAUCCGUAAUUAUUUUGUUUUAUGACUGAGCAGCGGGUCAAGUCCACAUUGACAUAAGCCGCGUUGCGUCAAAUAGUACGCAAUGAUAUGACAGGUACGUACUCAUUUACGAUCGAUAUCGCCACUCUUUGACAUCGGUCGUUCAAAGGUAAAUUUGAGUUCUGCAUUGAGUACUGCAAUGGCUCAAGUUAAAUAUAAGGUCGGCGACGAGUUUAAAUCGUCUCUUAUUAGAUUCAAAAAAUAAAAUCGCUGUUUGUUCUGAAAAAUUCCCCGAACUUGAUUUCAUUAUUUUUCAGAUGGCCGUUGAUAAGUAUUUAAUGAUAACCGUCGGUACUUCUCUUUGUUAAUUAAUGGACCAUGUUCUUUUUUCUUCUUCUGACAGAUACCAGAGUAAAACGUUAUCAUCAUUAUCUUCAUCUUCUAGUAAAGGAAUUUUCAAGAUUUAUGUACUUAAUACAUCCGUACUAAUAGUUAUUUUUUUUCUUAAACGAGCAGUACGCGUGGAUUCCUGGACUCUUCGGCACUUCGAAGUAUUGAGUACGACCGAAUGUUGAAUUAUUUAUAUUAUAAUACGUUUACAUUUCACUAUGAAAUGUAAAUUAUAUAAAUCUCCGUCAGUGGCUUAGCGAGGGGAGGGGGGGGGGUGUUUUGGUGUUUAAACACCCCCCCCCUCUUUGAUUGUAAUUAUGCCUGAAAUCAUAAUUUAUACUUUAUAUGCAGUUAUGCAUUCGAUUUACAAAAUAUGUCGCGUUACGCUUACUUACAGCUAUAAUUACUAAGUAUAAUAUAUGUGCAAUAUAAUAUGCGUUACACGCGCACAAUAAAGUUACAAAUAAGUUGCAUCCAAACACAGAAUAUAAACACACCCCUUUAAAAACAAUCCCGGCUACGCCACUGAUCUCUGGGUCGCCACGCACAAUCGUCCAGAAUAAACCGAGACACCGCGACCGCGGUCUCGGUUCGUCGAUCGCGCAACGGAAAUCGUACACGUGUAUGGGGCGGGUGUAUUCUCUGUUUUGCGUUCCCGAUCGCGUGAUCUGCGUAUUUAGGUAUAACACACCCGCAUCGCGGCUAUACACAGAACAAUACGGUAAUACGCUGUAAUCGCUAUCGUCGGUUAAAUGAGUAUUUACCCAUUUAUAACGUUGGGCGUAGCCGCACGGUUAGGUUGAACAUUUAAAAUCGACUCGGGUAAACCCGUACCCGCCUGCGGGUACAAUAUAUUAACUGUUACUGUCCGAUUGUUGAACAAUCGACAUCGGCUUAUUAUAUUGUUUGAACACGUGCGACCGUUCGUACUCUGUAAAGUCGUACCUGUACUGUUCUAUAUUGUCAUGUCGGGUGUUUCAUGUAGCUGUAGGUGCAGCUACGUAAAACACCUAACGGCGUUCGGUUGUAUUACACGAAGAAAACCGAGAUCAUUUUUAUCGCGAACUUAGAUUGUAUACGGUUUAACAUUCACGUGUGUAUAAAAAAAAAAAAAAAAUCGUUAUAAUUUAUCAUAUUGGAAUGGUAAUGCUCGCUGUUUGCUGCAGAUCGUCCGUUGUUUGGACUUGGUGUCCCCAACUGCGUCGUUACGAUUGACCGCAUGGUAAUUAUUUUCCCGCAAUGAGCCCGACACUACUUGUUUUCAACGCUUGAGGCCGAAAGAGUGUCGAACUAUUUAUUUGAUAAACUCUCUACACAAAGUUUUGGGUUAUUAUUAUUAUUAUUUUUUUUUUUCCGCGUUAACAGCUCAGGGGCUGGUUGGCAGCGUUUCUCCAUUCUUCACGCUUCUCCGCUUUACGUUUCGAUUCAUAAUACGAGUGUGUUACACACCCUAGAUCUCCAAGUACUUGGUUUACGUACGCGAGUGGUGGAUUUCCUCGAAUAUUCUUCCUUCCUACGGAUCCUUCUGUUAUACCACCUAGUAGAUUGUUACGGCGCACUGUGUGUCCAACAUACGUUGGGUUUUAUUAAACGCAUACGAUUUUUUAACCACUUUAGGGUUGAAUUCAUUAAUGAAAACGUUUCUUAGAGGGUUUUCUACGUUUCAUUAUAACGCAACUUUGUGCAAAAUGUCAAGUUUCUAAACGGCAGCGGUUCGGGCCAGAGGAUAUUUUAAGGAAAUUUUAAAUAGGCCACAUUGCGAAAUAAAAUAGAGGGCUCUGCCACAUUACCCCCUCCCCGCCGGUUUUAAACAAAAUUUUAAUUUAGCAACCAUUUUAAAUACAUUUCAUUACAACCUGUACAGUGUAGUGUGUACCUUAAUUUUUGUUACCCGUAGACGAACGGAAGAUAAGCCGAUGAGUUUGGGCGAGCUGACUGCACUCGCGUCUUUAGGUUUCGAAAUGCAACUGAUACAUACGUUCCACACAAUCGGUCAGCUGUACGGUGAUUUGAACGAAUAUGUCGAGUCGAACCUGUCCGACGAUCUGGAACGGAUACACAAAGCUCGACAGAAAAAUCUCGUGUUGUAUACCUUUUGCAAAAAGUUCAACUCGCACUACAAUGUGGAUUUGAUCAUACACUUUUCUUGCUAUCAGCUAAACGUGUUAUUGGAACUGUUUGAAUUCGUGAAGAUGCUGUCGACGAGUAUUGGAACGAACACGUAAAUACCUAACUAUGCCUUUUUUUUUAAAAAAACAUUCUAAUCGAUAGUGUCAUAAUAUCACGUUUCGCAAGUUAUUAUUUAUAUCCGUAGGUAUAGCUAGGUAGGUAUUUAAUUGUUUACAUUGGCGAAACAAGGAUCGGGGUGUUAACUUGUAAAGCGUCCUCGAAAAGUGAGUUUUAUUUUAUGAACCCUACGUAGGCACUUGAUUGUAUUAUUUGCAUUGCAUUUUCAGACAUUUUCUCGUAACACAGUAAAACCUCCUUCAGCAGACAACUCCGGAAUAGUGGACCUUUCGGUGACCGAGACAGUGCGCUAUUCAGAAGUUUUACUGCGUUGCAGUACUUACCUAUAAUACGUGUAUGCGACGACGUGCCUAUAUAGUCUGUACACCCGAUCGUUUUAUAAUGCGCAAUUUAUUAUCCCAAUCGGCUAUUCUGAUUUUAGAUUCGGAGCAUAGCGAGGAAAUAUAUUGGUUUUACAUUGACGUUUAUUUGUUUUUCUGUAAGCAACUUUUCUACUAGUUAUCUUGUCCCUAUUUUCAAGCGUAGCACCUUUUCCGAAAAGAAAUUUUAUCUUUAGCGAAAGGUCGAUUUUCGAUUUUCUAAGCGGUUUUUAUAAUAAUUGGAAAAAACAGGGGAAGAACUUGGAAAAAUGGGAAAAUGUAAAAGAAACUUCGCUUCGAAUCGUUUUUCAUUUGCAACGGUUUAUCGUUGAAUACAGAUAUAAAUAUAAUUUCUCAGAUAUAUAUUCUACCUUCCCAAUUUUUCGCCCACAACAGUAGCCCACCCAUCGUGCGUCCGUCUUUUUUUUUUUGAUAUUAAAACAACUUUUUGUUUAUCUGGAAAUUCCAGUAAUAUUACCCCACGGUAUACCAAUAUUUCUAGUUUUCAAAAAUCUAAAAAAAAAAAUCGUAUAAAACAAAGUUUUAUAAGUAUUCUUUAGUUGAAUAGAUUUGCGCGAAUUAAAAAUUGUGUUAGCAGAUAAUAUAACUGACGCAAAAAGCACUUAUUUGUAAAAUGAUCAAAUUUGACAAAGCAAAAAAUUAGUCUUCGUUUUAGUGAAUACCACACAUUUAUAAAAAAAAGUAUGUUCUUAUAUAGCGAAUAUUAUGAUACAAUUUUCUGUUUUAGUUUUUUUUACAGUUUUAUGGAUUUAAAAACUAUUAUCAAAUUGAUACGCAUGACAAGAAUAUUUUUAGUUUUUAUUUACUUAAUCGAGUCAAGUACAUAUUUACACCACAAGGUAUAGUACACAAUAUUGUAUAGGCACUGGGUACCUAGUUAUUAAUACUAUUAUAUUUUGAGUGUUUCUUUUUUUAAUUUUCAUCUACCUACAUGAGUUAUAAAUAACACUUUUUGUGUGAUAAUGUAAACUAAUGUUUGUUUAUUUUAUAUUUUUAGAGUGUUUUUACGUUCUAUUGCAUUUUACGCAGUAGAGUGAAUUAUUUAAAGUAUCAAACGAAAGAACAGGUAAAUUUAUGUAUAUAGUUAUCGAAUGACUAUUGAUAUUAUAGUGUAUAAAAGAUCUUAAAACCCAAAUUAACUUUUAAAUCUAUACAUUUUGUAAAUUCUGUAAUAAUAAUUAAAUAGCUGUAACGAGGGUUUUUCGAAGUCCAUACUCAACAUCGGCCCUGUUUCAUUUAUCGGCCGUUUUUACUUUUUAUCAAACGUCAAUCGUUAUAUAUUGUAACGUUUUAUACAACAGAUUAGUGGUAAUAUUAAUUUUCAUAUUAAUAUAAUAUGGUACGCAUAUGAUUUUUGUGUUCUGUCAAAUAGUAUUUACUCAGUGUACGCUUCUAAGCAAUAUUGUCCUUAUGUAGCAACGAAGCACUUGACAUUUUUUAAAUACUGUCAAUAAUCUAUUAGGUAACUAUAUAAUAUAUGUACCUGUACAUAUAUACCUUAUAUAUAACCUAUCUAUCUGUAUUAUACAGUUAUGCGGUACCUACCAACGUCAAACAAAUUAAAUUUCACCUUCGUAUUUUUAUUUUUAUUUUUAAUAGGUGUAUCAAUAGAUAAAAAUAUUAGGCAAGUUUUUUUUUAAUAACCAACAGACAUUAAAGUAUUAUGGAAUAUCACAAUAUUAAAUAUUGUAGAAUUUUAAUAAAUAAAACAAUAUUGAUAAAAUAUUAAAUUGAACGGUUGUAUUAUUAUUGUAUUGCAGCUUUAUUUAUUUUUGGACGAACUCAAUGCCACUGAAGUUACAAUAACUGCGAAUUAUUGCUACGAUGUUGAUAAGAAGUUUUUAUGUUCCGUAAGUUAAAUGUAAAUACGUUUGUUAUAAAUAAAGUUACCGAUAUCAAAAUAUUUAGGUAGAAACUUAUAUCAUGGCCACACAUUUAUUUUAUGGGCAAUUUAAUUUCACUAUAUUGGUUUGUAAUUUUUUAUAUACUUGCCUAUCUACUCAAUAGGUUCACAGUUCAUUAAUAAAACACUAAAAAUGAUAAAACUAAAAUAAUAUCUGGGUAUAUAAUAUUAUUGUUCAUAUUCGUAGGUAUACUUAAACCUAACUUAUUAACUACCUAUAUUAAUAUUUAUUUUUUGAUUAAAUGUUUUUGUUUUUUUAUGUUUAUGAACGGUAUCUAUUUGAAUAUUACGCAGUUAUCUAUUAGACAGUGACGGUCAUGUCUUAUUUUGAGGGAGGGCGAAUCGAGAAUCUACCGGGGUCGUGAUUCCCGGGGUUUAACUUCACCUGCCAUUAUCCUUGUUGGAAGUUUAUCGUUUUAUUUACCAAAACGAAAAGUAUGCAAAUUUUGAUUGAAAAAACUGUUCAUUGAACAUUUUUAAGCGUAGUCCCUGUUCUAAUAUUGUAUCCGUUUCUACAUAGUUAUUUCAUAUUUUAAAUAUUUAUUUAAAGGUACCUACCAAAAUAUACCAAUGUGACUGUAACAAUAAAUUUAGGGUACUAAUAUUAAGCGUCGAAAAUUCCAAACAUGGUACGGUACGAUCCAUCAAUCGCCUCCCCCUAGAUAUCCGUCACUGCUAUUAGAAAGUAUAUAUUGAGAUACAAUAUAAUAUAAUAUGUAUUUAAUGUUUGACUUUUAUAUUAUAAGUAGGUGCCUUAUGUACUAUCAAAUUUAUAUUUAAUUGAAAAACGUUUUGAAUAAUUAUUAAACUCGUUGUUGUGUUUACAGGUUUCGGGUUCAAUAAUAGCGUAUCUUGUACUCGUGGUUUCUUUUUUGUAUAAUCGUGUUUAAACAAUAUUGUUAAAUAUUGUAAUAAUAUUAUACGGUAUGUUCCUACGCAGGGCCGGAUCAGGCCGUCGUUCGAUUGCGCUUGAACACAAAAGACCGUUCGUUUGUAAUUAUUAAAUUGAGCCCGAUACUGGCAAUAAUAAUAAUAAUAUCGUUCUAUGUCAGAUUGUGUUAUAAAAAUAAAAAGUGAAAACAGUAGAAAAUAUUGUAUUUUAUUAUUGUUUAUUGGCCAUCAGAUUCUUGAGUCUUAUGUUGCAACCGACAUACCUUACCGACUGAUCUUUUUUAGAUUCCGUGUUUUUCUUAUAAAUACGAUUUUCUUCUCGUUAAGAGACCGUAAUGUGCGCAAUUACUGUUUAAAGUUGUAUCGUGCAAUUUCCAUAAGGGGCACAUCGGAAGAUAACAUUGCUCGACAUGAAUCGAGGGAAAAUUCCGAGUACAUAUCUUCGAGUUAGUCUUUUAUAAAUAUUUGUUUUAUUUUUCUUAUUCUCGUUGAAUUAUUGAGGUGUUUUGCUGUACUCAAGUGUUGAGUUACUGCUUGCUUGAAAGUGCUUAUUUCAUGAAACUGCUUGGUCACAAAUACGUUAUUGUAAAAUACAAUUUUUCUAUUAGUUAUAAAAACUAUACUAGAAAACUCUUCGAUAUUGGCAUUUUAUAUUUCAUGUAACGAAACGAAUACAAUUCACAAAAAGCACGGCAACGUGCAUCAAACACGAUAUACGACGAUGACUGUCAAACACUUAUUUUUACUAAUUUUUAGACAUGAACUUUUAUAAAACCUUCGAUACGGUGAGAUACGAUACGAUAAAUUAAAUUGCAUUUUGGGUAAUUUUAUGUAGCGAUAAAAUCCCAUGUAACAAUUUAUACUAGAAAACAUGAAUUUUUCGCGUUUAAUUGAAAUAUGCAAUAAUAUUCAUUAUAUUCAAAAUAUUAUUUAAAAAUAUGCAAAAAAAAAAAACCAUCACCAUUUAGCUUAACAUGAGCUAAUUCGAGGACAUAACUGAUAAAAACAGUAAUUAAAAGUCGCAAAAAAAAAAAAAAAACAAACUAAUGCAUAUAAAUCUUAGCCCUUAUAAUUAUUAAUUUUUUUAGUAGAAAAUGCGAACAUUGUUAUGAAAUUUAUAUAAUUACUAACGGCCCUAUUGUAUAAACAUUUUAUUUUUUCGUUAUAAACCCGUAAUACAUGUUGUAAAAACACUGUUUGCAGGUAUUUUAACGACAACGUUAGUAUUAGUAUUAUUUGAUAAAAAAUCGAAUAUUUUGUUCACGGUCAAAAAAUUGACAUAAUAUGUAAUAUAUUACGCAUAGUUGUAUUUUGUAACUAAUUAUUAUCUACAUAUACGUCAAUAAUUAUUAUUUUUCGUGCGUAGUAUUUUUUAUUAUCGUAUUAUAACUGAAAUUAAUAAUAUUUUGUUUGUGGCGUUUGUGCAUCAUGAUUUAUGAUUCAUGGUGUUUUCAAAGGUCAAUCAUUUCGAAAGACGUUUAUUAGGUUUCAACGCGGACUUUCAAGUAGCGAAACUAAAUAUACAAUAAUUAUUCCUCGAUAAGGAUUCGCGAUCAAUAAUAUCAUAUGCUAUGACGUCUCUGAAGUGUCAUAUUAAGAUAUAUAAUUUUUUGUUAAAAAUUAUUAUUAGAAUAUUAUACAAUAUCUUCAUACGAUGGAUUAAUAAACGCAUAAGAGAGAAAAAAAACAAUUUUUAGUGGCAUGUUGGCUUGAGGCAAGAACUAGCCAAGCGAUGGCACUUCGGUAUAGUUUAUAAUUAAAUACCAAAUUAUAAUAUACAGUGUGUUUCAAUCAAGCGAUAACAUGAAUCAUAUAGAAUAGAUUUAAAUUGAAAUGAGGGGGUUUAUUUUUCAAAAAGAUUAGGAGUACCUACCAAUUAAAGUUCAGAUUUUGAGUCAAUUUUUUUUUUAAAAAUUUAAAAUUGACACCAAAAAUUAUAAGUACUAUAGUAUGUGUGGACGCUGGAUUCUAUGGAAAAAUAUUAGGUCUGGACCAACAGGUAGGUCUGGGUUUCCUUCUUAUUGGCACUAAAAAAGUGUCAAAAGUACGUUUUCACGGUUUUUUUUUUCUGAGUAGGUGUUGUUUGAAGAUAAAAUUUCCCUAUUGUGCCUAAAUUACCUCAACAUGAAACUUAUUUUUACGCGAAAAAUCAUUUAUACAAUCACUGUAUAUUAUAUUAUUGUUACGAAUAAUAAAAUUCAUAGCGUACAUAAUAAUAUAAUACAAGUGUUUACGUUCACUGUUAAAAGGCUGCAUGGCGUAAGCGACAAAAACCGAAUUGUUCAGUAGAGCCCAAAAACAGCGUGUGUAUAGUUUGAAUUGUUCUAUAUUUAUUUAUCAUAAUUUCUUUUGGUUACCUAUGGAUGUCUAAUGUUUAAUAUUAUACCUAGCUGUCAUUUCUGAAAAUUGAUUUUUUUUUUUUUAAAGUUUUAUCUUAACUUUUGUUGUCACUUACGAAAACGACCCAAAAAAAAAAAAGAAAAAAAAAAGGGGGCGCUUACGCCAAACUCGUAAGGUGAAUGUUUUGGUCACUCGCGGCUUUAAAGCAACGAAACCCGAUAUAUUAUAUACAGUAUGGUAACGACAUUAUUAACAAAAUUCUGUCGAAAUGACUAUAAUAGCAUUGUCAGGUGAAAAAAAAAAAAAACGCGCGGAAAAUAUGCAAAAUGGUCGUUAAAGUAACCGCAUUAGGAGUGUGUCGACCGAGGAAAAAUGUCGAUUAAUUAAACGAACGGCCCGAACAUUCGCGAAACAAUUUUUGAUGCUUACCCAAACCGUUUAGAUGUACGAUAUCGAUAAAGUAAAUUCCAUACAAGUGAAAUAUUGUGGACGUGAAAAAAAAAAAAACAAAACCACGAUCUGCGGUCGGAAAACACGUGGCACGCGGUACCAGAGCCGUACGGGUCCCCCGGGCGGAUACUAUAGAUUACGAGUACGCAGCAUUAUAGAGUAAAAAUAAUGUACUGAGAGAUACCGACGAGGAGAACUGAAUCCGCAAUUUCAUUUUUAUUUUUUUUUUUUCUCUCUCUCUCAUCGUACCACUGAAUUCGCGGCGGAAGUGGCGUGACGGCGAAAAGUAGUGGGUUUCAUUAUAACGGCCGUAAAACGCGUGCCGGCCGGCGGAGCUGUGCGUGCGUGUGUGACGGCGCACUCGUGUAACCUACGCCGCCGUCCCGCGCAUUUCACCGCCGCAUUCGGACGCGCCCGGUCGUUCACCGAGACGUUUUUCACCCGCACGCGAUCGUGUCACGGGUUAACCGCGCGAACACCACUUUUCGGUGGCGGCGUUAUCCCCCGAUUAUUCGCGUACCCGACAGAGUAUAUAAUCGUCAUAUACGUACGAGGUUUUCCCCCCCCCCCCAUUCCGUUUCAAAUUCUAAUUCCGGGCGUCCUUACGACGAGGCCGGUUAUUGUGCCGCCACGGCCGAAAUCAACCGCGGACGCGACGACAACGACGCCUGUGUAGAGGGGUGAGUGUUUCAGUAUUUACGCGCAAGCCCCGCGAUGUGUUCGACGGUACGGGCACGUCUUAAUGGGGGGCGGGCCGAGCCCCAAACCUCCCCUGCCGGAAUCGCUCUCUGUUAAUGAUCGCGUAGAUUAUUAUUACCGCGCAACGGCGUUUCCAACCCGACCGUAAACAGCGCGCGUAUGCAAAUUAAAUUAUUAACAUUUAAAAAUCGAUCGCAGGAGAAAAAUUAACAUUGUACGUAAUAUUGUUGUGCGUAUUAACGCGCGGUACAAUACUAUUGUUUGUUAUGCGCCGCGGGUCGGCGGCGGACGCAUGUGCGCGUUUACUGACCGGCGCUGCCGCCGUCGUAUUGAUCGCCGGGACACGCGCCGGUAUCGUUCGAAAAUAAAUAUCGCGCGCGGUCGUCUGCGCUCGCGGAACUACUACCCGAGCAAUUCCGUCUCCGUCUAUUCGUCUACGAGAGUACCUCUUCUGUCGUAAACGUCUCGUGGUUUCCGACGAGUCGCGACCGAGUGCUAUAUUAUCGUAUCUGUUGAAGUCAUUGUACAUCACGUUCGAACUAUUCGAUGGGCUAUUAUAACGACGUCGGUGGCGGUAUUUCAACAUUUUUCUGAAAAAUCAUUUUGUAUUACAAAGGCGGAAGCUAUUAACGGAAGCCUUUUUUUUUUUUUUUCAGUCGAAAUUUUAUUGAAAAUAUAUCAACAUCUGGAGGGGAGGUCUAGACUCACUGGACCCCCAGCCCCUCUUGUAAAUCCGCUACUGGACAACAUUAAGUUUGACCGUUUGAUUACGGAUAAAACUAAUUCGAACACGUAGUCUUUUGAAACAUUCGAUAGUUCGUUUAAACUAUCAAUUCGUAGCAUAAACAUUCGGAAGUGACCGUCACUAGUAUUAAUUUAAACACUCGGAACGGAUGGAUAUUAUAAUUAUAUGUUAUUCAUAUGUGCGUAAAUAGCCUAAAUUUUUAUAAUUUUUUUUCAGGGGUGGGCUAAAUCAACAAUAACAUUGAUAAAUAAAAAAAAAAAUUUCCUCGUACGUAUAUAGUAAUUAUUCGUCGAGGACUUGAUGAGGUGGGCUGAACCCCCGUCACAAAAUUGCGCCAUCGUCAAUAUCAUAAUGCUGUUCAUAUUUCAUUGAAUUUGAAAAAAAUAAAAAAAAAAAUUCAAUUCGGACGGGUCGUAUAAUAAUAAUAAUCGUAUUUAUGUUUACAGCGUUUUUCACGCACGUGGGCGUACCAUACAGUACCUAUUAUAUCGUCUAUCACCUACUACUAGUUUGACAAUUUCAAUUAAAAUAUUACGUACUGAUAAAUAUAAUUAAUAUCCGAACAGCUCGUACCUGUAUAACACGCGCGCGAAUUAUAAUAAUAUCAACUCGAGACUCUACAAGCAUACCUGUAGGUGUUGUGUAUUAUAAUUGCACGUAAACAUCUGCAGUUAAACUGGAUCUAUAAAUACCAUUUUUAACGAUUUUUUUUUCCCGUGAAAUAAUUGUUGCUAUGGUACUUAUGCACUUUUGGCCGCUUACAAUAAUCACGCGUCGAUCCAUGGUCCACUAUGAAAACAACAUCGUAAAACAGUUGCAAUAACAUUAAUACUUUUAAACGAGAAUGACCGAAAUAGAUUACAGUGUCACUUUCGAAUCUAGGACAAAAUCCCGUCCGGUCGAAAUUCCGCUCGGAAAAAAUCCCGCUCGCACAAAUCCCAUCAGAAGAAAAAAAAACAACCAAAUAAAAUUGACAUUUUCAUACAUUUUUUCUUAUUUUUACUAUUUUAUAUAUUAUCACGAGUCUAUAAUAUGGCCCUUGUCAUUUUCUUAAUACAAUAAAAUAUAAUAUUUAAUUUAUGACGGAAUCAUUCCCGGACAAAAAUACCGAAGAAAAAAAAAAAGCAAACCAACAUACAAAUAUGUCAUUUGUUAUUAUUAGUUUUCCAUUUAAAUUCUAAACACUAAAUUGCAAACUAUGCGCUAUCCCACGUAGGUAGUUGAGAGUUGGCGUCUCUUGGAAUCUAGAACAAUUAGACUCUAAGACUCUAUUCUCGAAUUUAAGAAUCGAUAACGUUUUUUCUGAAAACUAUUUUUCUCCCCCUGAACGAAACCUUCUACAUUCACUCUUUUCAGAUUUUCGUCUUGUUUGAAUGCAUUAAUUACUUUUCAAAUAAAAGAAUGUGCAGCAUAAUGUGCCAUCCUUCAAUGCCAUUGUUUCUUCGAAGGAGGUUUGCUGACACAUUAUUAAAACAAUCCCACAUAGAAGAGUAAACAGUGGACUGUGCCGCCGCCUACACCUAUCUUGACGUCCCAAUUAAGUAUCCUUGAAGUAAUUGAGUAGAGGAGCAAGUUCUGGAUAAUUUUUUUCAUAGAAUUCACUCUCAGUCAAAGUUUGGACUGCCUUCUUCACACUAUCUUCCGGAAUAAAUUCAAGAGCGGUUAUUUGACGAAUUUCUAGUGCAAAUUCUGCAUCGUUUAUGUAUCGCUGUUGCUUUAAUAUUUUGCGCGAGACCCACGCUAAUCCAUCAUUUAUCGAUGAAAGACUCCAAAAUAAAAUUCGCCGUGUCGAUUAUUUAACUAUCUAACUUUUUAACGUCUUUCGAAAAAAAAAACAUUUAAGUCUACUCAUUCCACGUUUUAUAUAGAACUUAUCAUUAGGGCAGAGGAAAUGCAGGUUGUUGCUCUUAAAAAUCACUAAAUACGCAAGCACUAAUCUCUGAAUUUUGCUUUAAAAACUGUUUACAUUAUUUCAAUUAAAUGCUAUAUCAUGACCAAAUUAAUAAAAACAAUUUUAAUAUUUAUUGAUUUAAUUAAGUGAAUAAUAAUAAGUAUAUUAUACAAUUCUUGAUAUUUAAUGAUUUUAUUUAUAGUUGCCGUUUCGAUAAAUGUUAUUAUCAGGUUACUCAAAAAAAAAAAAAUAAAUAAAUAAAAAAAUAUAAUAAAAAACUCAUAAAAAAAAAAAAACUAAAUAUUUAUCAACAAGCAAGAUCUAAAUAUCGCAACAUAAAAUUACAUAUUCGACUUUGUCGUAACACGAAACAAAUUUGGUCCUGGCAUGUCUUUUCCUUUUUUUUUUUUUUUACGGCUGCACCAAUCAAAUAUUCAAAUGUUAGAAGUCUUCUGGCCCGUUUACAGCGCCGCUUCCGCCUUAUAAUACAUUGUGAUAAAGUAAUCAUAAUAUGUUCUCCACUAUAAUUUAAUAGUCGACAUCCUGCAGUAGGGAUCAUAAUAAAUACAAUGCUCGAUAAUGUGUAUACAUAUCUUUUAAGUAGGUACAGUGUAAGCAUAUUAUGAAUGUGUAUUGUAAUAUUAUAAUUCGGCUCAAAGAAACUUCAGUCGUAUAUUGUAACAACGCAGGUACGCAAUAUUAUUGGACUUAGGUAGUAUUAUAGUACUCGUUCUAAUAAAAUGGUUGUUGAGUACCUAAACUUUGACGAUUUUAUCUACACUGUAGAGUAAUUUUUUUACAACAGUUACCUACGUAAUUUUAUAGUCGUCUAAUGUACAUGCGGAUCUAAUGCAGUAAUUUUAUAACACGUAAUUGUUUGCUAUUUUUUUUUAAUAGUGCAACUUCACAUUUGAAAUGAGUUAUUUUAUUUGGGUAGCUAAAAGCUAUACAUUGCAAAACCUAUCGGUGGUACCUACACACCGCGCUGGUUACAAAUAUUUUAUUAAUUUUUUCCAUAAUUAAUAGCGCCUAGUAUUAUAUUAUAACAAAUAUAAUUGUUAAAUGAUAAAUUCGGUAGGUAUAGUAAAACAAAAGUUAUUCAACUACGGGUUAUAGGUACCAAGUACAGAUGAUAAAUCCAUUAAGACCCCGUCACACGCAUGGGUACGUGGCCGUAUUUUUACCUGGACAUGUAGAAUACGUAUUCGGGCACCGCACAAAAAUAAUAUAUAAAAUACUAGAUAGCCGACUUGCAAAUGUAUAAUUUAUGAUGUUAUUAACUUGAUAAACAUGUUGCAAAAUAUUUAUUCCCAAUCGGUUCAAGAUUUAUUGGUAAAUAUCCUAAAUAAUCGUAUCAAAAUGAAAGUAAAUAAUAUGUGAAAUAAAAACAUAAUUUAUCAAAAUAAAUGAUAAUUUUAUGAUAAUAGCAUAACUAAUCAAAAAAAAUCGAAAAAUGACCUCCUUAAAGUACCUUCCCAGUCAGAUAUCUUUUCAGAAAAAGUGUUAUUAUUGUAAAUCGGACCGAAAUUGCUGGGAAAAAAGUUGUUCAUAGGAAAAAAAAGGCCGAAAUAUUUUUCAAUUAAUACUUACAUUUCGUACAUUUUCCCGUUUUUUCUCGGUUUUUUACAUUUGUCGAAAAAACUCCUGAGAAAAUUGAGAAAUGGCCUUGUUAAAGUACCACCCCAAGAAAAUUUCCUUUCAGAAAAGAGUCUACAUCAUAUUAUACGUAUCGGAGUAAGUUUUCUAGUAGAAAAAGUGUUCACAUAAAAAAAAAAAAAUAAAAAAUAAACAUCUUUGUAAAACCCCCUAUACAUUCUUUGUUACACUCAGAAUCUAAAAUAUUGUGCCAAUUAUAUAAUGUUAAAGUAUUAACGUGUUAUUUUUCUAUAGAGAUAUGGUGCACCCAAACGGCGUAUUCAUUUAUAUACCUAAACGUGCUGCGUCCAUAAAUACGAUUUUAUAAUUUAACAGCACGUUGAUUAAGUUAAUUACAAUCGUGCGUUUUUUACAUUUUUUUUUUUCAUAUAAUUUAUCGUGCACAUUAAAUUACUCAUUAAUACGUAACAUAUACAUAGUUGAAUCAUUUUAGGUUCGGAUUUCUUUUUAAUGCUUUCGUCACAGUACAUCGGAAAUAUAUAUAACUAUAGAUAUAAACUAUAUUAGCAAUUAACGUAAUUGUCAAUUAUUAUUAUACAUACAAUCCGUACGAAUAAAUCUAUGUAUGAAAAAAAGGUACAGAGACCGGUUUUUGUAUAGGUUACUUGUGUGUUGGCUGAUGUUUCGGCGAUUCAUGGAUAAUUACCCACAACUAUCUAUAUUAACACGUUUGCCAAGCAGAAUUCCUAAACAGAAUUGAAUGAUAGUUAUUUCUCAUAUAGUUGUUUGGUUAUGGAUGGAUUUAACUUUUUAAACAAAUAUAUAUAUUUUUAAAACAAUUAUAAAUAGUAUUAUUAUUAUUGGGCGUAAAUAAAAUCUGUUUUUUUUUUUCCCCAGAGCGUGAUUAUCUAUUGCGUAAAAUUAGCAUUUUCCAUAAAAGAAAAAUAUAACAUAAUAUAUUGUAGGUAUAUAAUAGGUAUUCACUAUAAUAAUAUAAUCUAUAACUUUGGUCAGAAUCUAAGUUAUAUAGAGGUAAUAUAUUUGUAUAUUUCAAUAACAUAAAGUAUUUUGUUCAUAUGGUUAGGUUUUUUUUUUUUUUUUUCAAAAACUCAUGAAACCCUUGGUGCAAUAUGCUUGUGCAUCGUUUAACAAAAAAAUGUGUAGAUUAAUAUGCAAUUGUUGAGUAGGUAGUAUGGUAGGCAUGUAUACGAUAGUACACGCAUGGCCAAAAUGAUAAGGCCCUUCAAUUUUUCAAUAAGACAUUUAUCUAACGUUUGUUCGUCGUAGUUUAAGCAACCGGUAUCGCGAAAUUCAUUAUAAGUACAGCUGUAUAUUAAUAUUUAUCAUGUUGUACCCGUUAAUAUUAAAUAUAUUGUAUUUUUAUUAAUGCGAAUAUUGUCUUACCAUUUUAGUAUUCCAGAAAAGAAACCGAGGAAACAGAAAAGAAUCAUUUCUGCAGACGUUGAGUUAAUCAUAGUAAUUUAUAAUUUAUAUUAAAAGAUGACUUACGACGAUCUCUUGCACAAAAUCGGCGAUUUUGGAACUUAUCAGAGGAGGAUUUACUUUUUUUUGUGUUUACCCGGUAUAUCGUGCGCUUUGCACAAGCUUGCCGGAGUAUUUAUUCUGGCCAAAGCCAAUCACAGGUACGUGAUAAAGAUAAUAUUUAAUAAUAAUAACAAUGAUAUGUAAUGUGUUUUUUUUUUUUUUUUGGUUGAACUUUCCCCGAAAAUAGAGACUAUUGCAUUACCUAUAUUGAGUAUUUUUUCCGCUACUUUUGGAGCUCCAACUUGAAUUAGAAUUAGAAAUAGAAUUGUUUUAUGGGAGAAUUGAUGUGACAAAGUACGUGUUGAAUUUCAAUAUAAAUUUCACCAUGUCAUUGCGGGAGGUGGGUGUUUUUAGCUCUGUAUAAAAUAUGUUUACUCCUACAGACCCCCGAAUGAAGCUAAAGGGAAGGGGAUGCAAUUUCGUAUAUACACAAGUUAGUAUCAAGGUCGUCUCUUUUGGGGGUUCAACUUUCAACGCUCACCCCUACAAUUUUUAUGAUCAAAUUUCAUAAUUUUUAAAUUUUAUUUUUUGGAACUUGUAUAAUAUAGUGUUGUAUUAAAAAAUAAGCCGGCGAAAAUUUGACUCUGGUAACUGUUGCGUCUUAUGAUAAAGUAGGUAAUUAUUGUUAUAAUAUUUUCACGGCAGAUGUCAAUUACCAGGCGAGUUGGCAAACGCGUCUUACGUUUUACCGCCCAACAUCAUGAACAUGUCUUAUCCAUUUGAUGAUAAAACGGAAAGUUGGUCUUCGUGUAGAAUGUACGAUACGAAUUUCACGGACGCGUAUUAUUCACACAAAAUACCGGCGAACCACAGCAGGACAUGCGACCGGUGGAUAUUCGACAAGUCGGAUUUCCAAAACACCGCAGUAAUGGAGGUAAUACCUAUUAACGUCAUAUUGGAUUAUAAAUAUGAUUUACCAUCAGCGAUGGUUUUCAGUGGCGUAGCAAGAAUUUUGAAUUCGUGGGGGUGGCUUAACACGUUUUGGCUUGAAUCAUGUGCGUAAAUAUAGUGGUUUCGAAAUCAACCCCAAAAAAAAAAAAAAAAUAGAAAAUUGUUUUUAUCAAUUUACAUUUCAAUGCAUUAUUUAAAACAAAAAUGUAAUUAUAGUCUAUAUUAUAGACUAUAAGUAUCUAUAGAUUCUAUAGGUAAUUAUUACACUUCUAUGAGAACUGCAUCAUCCUUGGAUAAUAUUCUUGAGCAAAGACAAUAGUUAUAUAAUUUUCAUUAUAAUACUUACUUUUUUAUUUGUAUUGGCCGUGGCGAUCCCAUUGAAUCUGUUCUCUUACACAGAGCACCUUUUCAAGUACGUUUUUUUACGGUUCUGCAGUUUUUCGUCCUUUCUUUCGGGAGUAAUAACUGGAAACGUAUAGUUAACAAUCAAAAUGAAAUCGUAAAAUCGUAAAAUAGCGUACGUGCGUAAACACGAUAUGCCCAUCGAGGUGCGCUAUAUAGACCCCUUAUUCCCCCCUUCCCUCCAUAACUACGCUAUUGAUGACGAUUUUUCAACUGAUGUUAAAUAAUCACGUCUUUAUUAAGUCUAAUAUUUUUCUAUUUGUAUAGUUCAAUUUGGUUUGUGACAAAGCUUGGUACAAAGGUACGUCCGACUCUAUGUUGAUGGUCGGCGUAAUGUUGGGCGCAAUAAUAUUUGGAUAUUUGUCGGACAGGUCGGUAGUACAUUUAUUAAAAUAUAUUUUGUAAUAAUAUUAUUGUAAUUAUGUGUUGUUGUACAUCGUAUACUCACGUUACAUAUAGGUAUAAUAGCUGUCAAUGGCCGGAUUUUGUUUAUGACAUUCUAGCGUAUAGGGUGGUUCUUAUUUGGGUGACGGUGGCAUUUUUUUUUUGAACGCCCCCUAACUUUAUUUUUUUUAAAAAAAAAAAAAAAAAAUGUUGAGCUUUAUUUGAGCUUUUUAGGAAAAUUCUUUCGUCCUCCUGUAACGAGGUAAAGUUUCCCAUUUAAAAUACAUUGAUUUUUCGUGUAUUCUGAAUUUUGUUUAUACAAGGCAUACAAAAUUAAUAUAAUAUUUUUUUCUUGAGUGGAAGUUACUGAGAAGAAGAUAUUUUAUAUACGGGUAAAAAACAAAAAAGUUGUUCAAUAAUUAUAUGCCACUUUCUUUCUGUUAAUUAUACAUAUAGUGGUAUAUAAGUCUUGAUAAACUUUUUCUAUUUAUCGAUAGGAGUCAUAAGGGUACAACAUUUUUUUUUUCAUUAGCGAUUACACGUUUGGAAACAUUUAUUAUUUAUAGUUCAAAUACUGUUAUUAUUUUGCUCAAAAAAAAAAAAAAAACGGAAUAUCAAUGUUUAUUUAAGGCUAUUUUAAAACAUAGACCUAUAAUAAUUUAAUAAAUCAGUAUUUGAGAUAUCAAAUGAAUAUUAAAACAAUACUACAAUACUAUGCGGGUACGUAUCAAAAUAAUAAAUUAUUUUUUAUGUAAAUGCGAUCAUCAUAUAAAUUUUACCUGUGAAUUAUAAUUUUACAAUCGUAUUAUACCUAUUGUUGUCAGGAUCGGAAGAAAAAAUAUUUUUACCAUAUCUGUUUGGCUGCAGGGAAUAGCUGGUUGUGGUUUGGCGUUUACACAAGAAUAUUGGAGCUUUACUUUUCUGAGGGUGAUAGUCGGAGCGUCUACUUCUGGACUAUAUCUGGCAGCUUACGUCAUUGGUAAAUAAUAAUUUAUCUAUUUCGAUAAUAUUAUAUUAAUAUAUAGAUAUAACCAAUGUAAAAAAGGGCAUUUUUUUAGUGAACAAAAUUUAAAGUGUUUAUUUUCAAAAUGUAAAGUAUUACAUUAUAUUCAGAAAGACAUUAAUAUCAUAGUUUAUGAUGCUAGCUUAAACAAUAUUGAAUCAAAAUAACAUUUAUUUGAUAUCGCAAAAUAUGACAUUAUUCUAUUAUUAUCGUCAGUCCCGUUUCAGUUUAAUAACUAAGCUAACAGCUGCAUCUGAGUUCCGUUCCAAUAAUCUUUUUUUAUACCAAUUCCGUCCUAGGUGAAAAAAAAAAUGUAUAUACUAAUUCCGUUCCUAAUAAAAAGAAAGUUUACUAAAAUAUUAAAAUAUUACUAUAUAUUAGUACAAAAAAAAAAAAUAAAUUUUGACACGAAGUCGAAAAAAAAAGGAAUGGCAAGUUUAAAAGUUAAACAGUAUUAUCUUAAUUUCUAAAUAAUACAGUGUUAUUAAAUUCGAUUGUGUUGUACGAAAACUGAAAGAAAUAUUAUCUUUAUUUCUAAAUAAUAUAAAAUUGUUAUAGUAAUGUAAAAAAAGCAAAAAGGGACUGAACUCGUAUAAAUAAAUAAAUUAAAUGGGACGGAAUUGGAGUAUAUCUAUUUUAAACACCCGGGACUGAACUAGUAUAUCCUUAAAUUCAAAUUUUACAUUCGGGACGGAACUCGGAUGCAGCCAAGUUAACGGCCCUUCGUGCCAAAUACGAUUGUACAUUGGUCGCGGGUUUAAUCCGGUCCAGGUACAGAGUAGAAUUAGUCGUGUUUUUCUCAUUAUAUAGCCAAGAAAAUCCACCGCUCUACUGUGUGUGUAAUGAACAUUAUUUUGUUUUCAUUUUGGACGUAGAAAAGCUUCACAAAGAAUGCCCUGACAAAUGCCCAUACAAAAUGCAGUAAUUGCGUGAACGUAAUUUAAAAAACGAACACCGUAUUUUCGGUAAAAUAAUAAUUAUUUAUGUGACGUAAUGAAAUAUUUACGAUAGUGAAUUAUUUUAGGCGAUUAUUUAGGACCUGUGCAUUAGUAUUUUGUAUCUUAUUACACAAAAAUAUACGGAUUAAAAUUAUUCGUGCUACGUUUUAAAUUUUCGACUUGAUAAUAUAUUAUACAUAUAUUAUCUUAUUGCUAAAAGUGUAAUAAUAAUAAGUAUGAUGAUAAAUUAAAUAUUUACGUUCAUCGAUAGGGUUAUAAGGUUAUAUAGUAGAUAACAUUUCUAACACUAAUUUAAUUUAAUUUAAUUUUAAUUUAAUACGAUUAUUUUCGUUCAAAAUUAUACUAAAUUUCCCCUCUUUUUAUACUUAUUUAAUGAUAAUUAUUAUAAAUAAAUAGUUAAUUAUUAUAAGGUCUGUAAAAAAAAAAAAAAACCUGAUAUUAGAUAAUACUGAUUCAAAUUCAUUCAUUAGAUAAAUGCCGAGUGUUUCCAUAAUGAAAAUAGUAUUUUCUUUAAUCAAACUAUAUUGAUAUUUGCGGGCUGUAGUAAAUUCUAAUAUUCAUGCCUCGUAUAAUCAUUGAUAACGUGUGUAUAGGUACAACGCAAUAAAAAUAUGCUAAAGCAUACAAAUCCGGGCUUAAUUUUGAAUCACAAUAUUUUUUUUUCAAUAUUCGAAAACACUUUUAUUUAAACAUAAAAUGUUAAACGUUUGUUACAUAAUAAGGGUUGUAUUACGAUUCCGUACGCAUUUUUUUCACUAUUUCGAUUGCGAGCGGUUUACAUACAUAAUUUAUCGCAACGUUGCCGUUGUCAUCUAUUUACGGAUGUAGAUUAUUAUGAUUUCUUAUGCUCUUUUUUUAUUAGCGGUUGGCAUUUCCGAAUAUUUUAUAUUAUCGAUAGUUCGGAAGAACUAUCGAACGUUUCAUUCGAAUAUUUUGUUCAAGUACCGAUUAGUUUUUAAUUUAUCGAAUAGUUCGAUACCCAGUUCUUUAUUAUUGCGAUUUCCAAUGGUAAAUGCACAGAUUAUUUUUAAUUCAAUUGAUUACGGUGCCUAUCAUGGCUGUAGUCGGUAGUUUACUGGUUUAUCUAUAACCUUUUAAGGGGCUCCAAGUUACACAAUACUACUAUACACUAGUAUAUGAACACUACGCGUAAGUAUUUAUAUAGUAUAUUGAUACGAAUACUAAGAAGUAAUUAAAUUAUCUACUAGAAAAACUACGAUGAGAAAUAGGUUUAAUACGAUUUUUCAAAGUAUCCUUUAGCGUACUAGAAAUAAACAGAUUGAUACUAAUUAAAUAAAAAAAAAAAUAGAAUUAAUAAAAACUAAAAGCGUGCACGUUUUUCCUGUGAAACACUUGAUAGAAGCCUCAAAAUUUGUCUUAUUAUGUUAACACAACAUAUAAAAAGACGUCCUAGGAUAACGGGGAUGGGUGCAACCAUUGUUAUAGGUAAUUUAAUGUAUUCCUGUAGGCAGCGAUACAAACCAUUGCUUACGAAAAAACGAUUCUGAGCGGAGUUCAGUCGAUAGUGAUGCUUUGUCAACAAUAUAUAGGCAAUAUUCUAGAAAAAUAAUUAAUUAGGCUCUAUGUAUUUUCUUCAAUAAUAUUUGUUCAAUGUUCUACUGAUUUUCCCGGUUUUCCCAGUUGUAAAAAAAUAUCUUUGUAAAACCAUAAGCUUCUACGCUCCACUCAGAAUCUAAAAGUUGUGAAACCCGGUUUUGUACGCGUUAGUAACGUCGCACUUAUGUUACGGAAUCGAACUAGUUUAAGGUGUGAAACGUACCGGAACCGUACGACUGCCUGCAAAAGGGGCAAAUGUCUGGAAUCGUAAAUAUUAAUAUUAAUAUAAUUCAUACACUAAUAUACCGUAAUAUUAGCCAUACCGGUUUGGUUUUUAUAGGUUUGGAGUUCGUUAGUCCCAGUUAUCGGAUGGUGGUCGGUGUUGUCAUACAAAUGUUCUUUUCCGUCGGUUUCCUUUUGACAUCUGCCUUUGCGUACGCGUUCAACAAUUGGCGAUAUUUUCAGCUAGCCAUUACAGUACCGACCUUGUGUUAUACGACGUAUCAAUGGUCAGUAACAUACACGCACACGCGUUUUUACCACUAAAGCUCACCGAUAAUAUUUAGAGUAAUAAUAAUAUCGACAGUGGUAAUUUUUAAGGUUCAUACCGGAAUCGGUGCGAUGGUUACUGACCAACGGUAAACAAGAAAAGGCCGUCGAAAUCCUCCAGAAAGUGUGCCGAGUGAACGACGUGGAAAUGUCAAAAAAAGACAUUAUAGACGUGUUGGAGCGUAAUUCGGUGGAUCAACCUGUGGCUCAGAAUUACAACUUACCAAAAGCUUCGUUUUUCGAUCUAUUCAAACACCCGGUGAUUUUGAAGAGAUCCAUUGUCAUAAUGCUUUUAUGGUGAUUAUUAAUAUAUAUAUAUACUGAAUUAAUUAAACUACUGAAUAGUAAUAAAAUCGAUAUCUUAUACAUACCAUACACAUAUAUUUAAUCUGCUUACACUUCACAAUCUGCAGUUAUUUUUAUUUCGAAUUCUUAAUUCAUACAGUUCAUGUGUUACAACGUUAGCAUUUUUGUUACACAUACACGUUCUUUUACAAAUCAUUACUGAGCAUAAUAUGCCAUUUUACGAGAAUAAAAAAUGUAAACGAUCUAUUCAACAGUCAACUCUGAGUUCACGAGAAAGGGAUUAAGCGUUUUAAAAAAACAAUUUUUUAAAUAUUUUGUAAUUUUUUUUUUUUACUUAUUAUAUUUAUCAAUAAUGUGUUUAAUUGAUUCAGUGUUCAAAUAUUUUUAUCUUUCGAUUUCAAUAAUUAUUCUUGUAUGAAUAAUUUGGCUGCAAAUUAUUUGUUUGUUAAACACGGUAGGUAUACGGCACUCGUCAAUUUGAAUUUUUUUUUAUUGCACCAGAGUUUGUGAUACCGAAUACAAAAAAUUACAAACAUAAUAUCAUAGUACCCGUAAGACUUUGAAUGUGUUUUAAAAUAUAAUUUGGAUGAAUAGAUUUUAAAUAUAAAUUAUUUUAUAUUUGGUUUUGUUAUAGUUUUUAACCCUGAGUCCCACGUGUAAUGUAGCUUUUGAAUUUUUGUUUUGCAGGUUUGUAAACAGCACUGCAUACUACGGAUUGUCGUGGAGUACUACCAGUCUUGGUGGUAAUCAAUUUUUGGUGUUCAAUUUAGCAGGAUUAGUCGAGUUCCCGGCGUAUACGUUUUUAUUGUUGACUCUCAACCGAUGGGGCAGAAAGAUAAAUAUAUCCGGAUUUCUAAUAUUAGCCGGAUUAGCACUUUUAGCAACACUGGUCAUACCCAAAAGUAAAUCUUAUUGUAUUAAUUAUAUUAUUAAAUUAGAUAGGUACCUAAACAAACUAAAUUCUCCACGUGUGGCAUUAUUUAUAAUUGCGAUAUAAUUAUUGCUUAAAUCCGUAUGAUAUUUGAAAGUUUAAUGUCGGACGUAGUAAUAAUUUAUAGCGACUAUUGAAUUGGCUCCCUAAUAAAUGAAUCGUAGCUGUCAAAAUAGAUUUCAAAUAAAAGUUGAAAAAAAAUCGCGUAGUGUUAAUAUUUUACCCGACACAGUGCCGGAUCACUGCCCAAAAUCUUGUGCCUGAUCGUUAAUUAUUACUAUUGAAUAUCAGUGACGGCCGAUAAUGCACUUAAUUGUUAACAACCGACGACUUAGGUUUUCAUGUGUUAUGAUUUAUUUAAUUUGAGGUUUCGGUUUUCGAAAUUGAUUAAAAACAUUGUUUCAUACGUUUAGCCGAUUUGUGAAAUUCGAUCUAGUAUACCUUAUUUUAUAUAAGGUACACUCGAAUUCCAAGUGGUACACAAAUAAACUAGACUCAUACAGUUUUGACGACACGAAAAAUUCGCUUGAAAAUAUGAACAAAUCCGAGUUACCUAACCUUAGAAUAGGGUAUUUAUUAAAUUUUUAAUAAAAAGUAAUUCAGUUUUAAACGUGUUUUGAAAUUGUUUAUAAUUUAGAAAAAUUGGUAAUUUGAAAUAAGAGUUGAUUGGCGGCCAAACAUGUUUCUAAAAACCUUUCUGUACGUUUUUUCUGCAAGUCGUCACCGCCGACAUCAGUUUGACGUUUAGGCCGUUUCGAAAAAUAAAGUCUUUAACAUUUCAGCCCCCACGCACAAAUACUCCAAAGUAUGAUAUGAUAUUAUAGGGUGGUUUUUUUUUUUUUGUUUAGCUUGUACGUGGCUGACGAUAUUUUGCGCGAUGAUCGCUAAAUUGGCCAUAACCGCGUCGUACGGUGCCGUGUACGUGUAUACCGCAGAACAAUUCCCGACCGUGGUACGGAACAUGGGCUUGGGCGUAGGAUCGUUUUUCGCCAAAAUCGGCGGUAUCGCAGCGCCUCACAUCAACAAUAUGGUAGGUACAUGUUAUAUGUAAACGGCAAAGGUGAUUUGCGUUGUUUAUGUACCGUUAUAUUAUUAUAUCAGAUACAAAAAGUAGUCGAUUGUCGAUUGGUUUUUCAGAGUGAAAUUUCUACCAGCAUGCCGUUAAUCGUGUACGGCAGUCUGGCGUUGUUGGUCGGAGUCUGGUCACUAGUAUUGCCGGAGACGCUGAAUAAAAAAUUACCUGAUACCAUCGAGGAUCUCAUAGCUAUGUCUGAAAAGUGAGUGUUAAGUUUCAUAAAAAAAAAAACUUUUUUUUAAAUAUUACAAUAAUAAUAAUAAUUGUGAACUUAUAUUUCAAGGCACCGAGUAGAACUUAUGUUGAACCUCGUGCUUAAAUUUUGUAUGGGCCAAAACAAUUGUAUACAUUUUAUAUUAUGGACAUAGACUUAUACAUCUAGACAGAACAUCCACCCCGAGGGCUGGUAGGAGAUAUAGGCUGAUAUAAAGCCUAAUGUUAGUAAGAGCAAAUGUUCACUCCGUGGACAACUACUUAAAACCCACCGAUUUUAAUCUCACGUGUUUCUGUCUACGAAAUGAAACUUCAUACACCGGAACGCGUUUUCAUGCCGAAUGUUCCGUCUAGAUGUAAAGGUCUAGAUGUAUGGUUAUGAAGCACAUAGUACUAUUAUAUAGGUUCAUAUAAAGCAAAUAUAAUAAAAUAAAAUAAAUAUGGUAAUUUUUUUAUUUUCAGGAAUUACCAGACGGUGCUUUUAAAAGAACCGAUAUUAAACAACAAAGCGAAUAAAAUUGACAACGAAAAGUAUUAA